AUACCAGAGUCACACAUAGCUAUCUUCUUAAAGCUGAAAAUGAGCCUGUUUGUUUUAAUUUGCUGGAUUAUUAGAACCUUCCUUCUUCAAGAUUAAAACAUAUCUGGAUAACACUGAUUACUUUUUUUUCUGUGGCAUUCUGUAGAAACUGUUAGCUGCUAAAAAUGACUGAAAAUUUCUUUGAUGCAGAAUCUUACCAGAAUAAUCCUGAUAUAGAAUUGGCAUGGGCUGGAAAAGCCAUUGAACAUAUGGAAGUGCAUUUCAAUCUGAUUACUUCAGUGGAUCCCAGAAUACUUAAACUCACUCCCUAUGAUAAUGAAAUAUAUGAGGCUUUCCAAAAUGAUUUUCCUGAUUUUAAACUUGAUAUACUUGAUGAGGAGAGUUUGAAAAGCACAGAAAGUAAAAAAAAAUGGCACGAUUUUUGUCUCAAAUUUCGGGAAAAAAUGGAUGAUGCUACAUUUGGUACUUUGGUACGAAUAGAUAGUUCUGGAGAAUACAACAAAGAAAACACUAUUUUUGUUCUUCGAAUUCAGUUUUUGGCCAUAGAAAUUGCAAGAAACAGAAAAGGCUUGAAUGACAGUGUUUAUAAAGAAAAAAGAAAAGUUGUAUGAUAAGUCUAUAAAAUUAGCUUAAUUGUAUUA